UGAAAUUUUUUUCCUCUUUACUGUUUACAGUUUUUAUUUUUUACGAAACGUACCAGGACUAACAAGUCAACGCUACUUCCACGUUUUUUAAAUAAUUAAAUCGUUUCAGUAAUCAUUUUAUAAUUAUUACUGACAAUUCAACCGUGCUGCGUAUUAAAGACCACAAAUUUUUUCACCUCACUCACGCUUUAUUUUUUGGAGCACGUUAACUGCAAACACGAAAAGCAGGAUGGGUUCGAGUCAACAGUUUUCUCUUAGGUGGAAUAAUUAUUUAAAACAUAUUACUUGUGCUUUUGACACGUUAAGAACAGAAGAAGAUCUAGUUGACGUAACUUUAAGCUGCGAAGGAAAAAGAAUAAGAGCGCACAAAAUGUUGUUGUCUGCAUGUAGUACAUAUUUCAGAGAUUUAUUUAAGGAAAAUCCAUGUCAGCAUCCUGUUAUAAUAUUUCGUAAUGUAAAAUUCGAUGAUUUGGCUGCAUUAGUAGAUUUUAUGUAUCAGGGUGAAGUAAACGUGGUCCAGGAGCAGUUAGCCAGUUUUUUAACGACUGCUGAACUACUUGCUGUUCAGGGUCUUACCGAUGGUACAGGAAAAGAUAAUGAUAGUUUAGUAGAGGAUGACAUAGAAAUUCCUAAUGAACCUGAAAUUCAACUUCAAAAUGCUUCUAGUAAAACAGCAACAGAUAAAAGAAAUAAGUCACCUUCAUCUCCAAUGCCUUAUCACGCUGUCGAUUUACAACCUGAUGCUCCGCCAAGUAAACGACGAAAAUGUAGAGAAAACGCGAAUACAAAUGCGGACAAGACUAUAAGUAAUGCUUUGUCUGCAAAAGAUUCUGAAAACAAAACUUCAGAAAAUCAAUCAACGACUGGCUCGGAUCCUGUUGAAAUAAUUCCACUAAUGCCAAAUUUAAAGUUGGAAAUGCCUGAAUAUCUAGUACAAGAUGGAAGUAGCUGUAGUUACGAAGAACAAAGUUUAGGGGACAGUUCACUAAAUAAAAUUGGUAUAGAAGAUACAUCAUCUAAUACUCCGGAUCAUGAUCAGAAGCCUGAUAUCACUCAAACAUUCUAUUCAAGUAAUCAGUCUACUUCAGAUAGUUUGGAUCUCAAACAUCAAACAACUGAUGUUGGACACUUGCUUUCGAAACCUAGUACUUCUGGAGAAAGAUUAACGCAAGAAGCAGUACAGGAUUCACGUACGGUGGUCAUCGAACAGCCGUCGCAUUCGUGCAAACUCUGCGGUAAAACGUUUUGGAAUCGGGACUCGAUGUACAAACACAUGAACAUGCACAAAGGGACGACUCAGUGCCCGGUGUGUCAUAAAGUGCUGAGCCGCACCACGCACAUGAAGCGCCACUUAAAAAAUCGGCACGGUUGGCUGGGCGUUGGGACGACCGCCGCCGCCGCUGCAACAGCAGUCGCGAACGCCGCAGCAGCAGCAGCCGCCGCCGCCGCCGCAGCCGCGGCCGUUGCAACGCCAUCGGGAACCGGGACUGCGUCAACCAACACCGUUCCCGGUGUUCCUGUAGUCACUGCUGUCAGCGGCGCUUCCACGAUCGCCGAUGGUUCUGUCGCCGCGCCUCUGCCGACGCCCAUUUCCGUCUCCUCCACCGCGAUCGCUCAUCAGAACGUCGGUAGUCCCACCGCUGCUCUCGAGCCUAAUGCGAGCUACACCACCAUACGCAUUAGGGAAAGUAGCGUCGAGAGAAUCACGUCUAGUCCUAUUCCUUAGUGUGAGCACAUCCUACAGGAUCCACGUACCCGUCGACGGAAAAGAGGAUAAACGCGCGCGCUGCUUCUUCCUCUUUCUCUCUCUCUCUCUCUCUCUCUCUCUCUCUCUCUCUCUCUCUCUCUCUCUCUCUCUCUCUCUCUCUCUCUCUCUCUCUCUCUCUCUUUUUCUGUCCCUUUCGUCCGUUUCCUCCUGUUCUUCAUCUUUCACACCGAAUCUACGAAUACAUACGUGUUCUUCUUCGUCAUCACGGCGUUCGUGCAUUCCUCGGCUCGUGUACUCCUAAUCCGAGUCGAUGACCGCACGCAAGUCUCUCACGAGUAUAUAUCCUUUCGUUUAUAGUUUCGUUCUUUUUUUUUUUUUUUUUCUUAACACGCGCGUUUAGAUAUAUUUAUAUAUCGUCUGAUCUGUAUUGAUCGGAACGUAAUUCUCUCACUAAUGAUUUGCAAGAGAUCGGAAUAGUUCGGUCUGAGACGUUGUUCCGGUUAACGAAUAAGUAACGAAUCAUGGUAUCAAAAAUUAAAGAUGACAAAAAGCUAGUACGUUUCUAGACCAAGUCCGGCGUUGUUUUAAUCGUUUCGAGAAAUACGGGACGUCACACAAGCGUUUUGCUUUUUUUCUUUUUUUUAAUUCGUAAUGAAAUUCGGUAGAAAUGGCAUUUGUCAGUAAAAUGUCACUCUAGUCGUCGACGGGAAGCCUAUGUUGAAGACACCUGUCUUGUUACUUUACAUCCUAGUCAUUUGUACACACGCGUAUGUGUGCGUUUAUUUACGUGUAUCUGUAUAUGCAUAUGAGAAAAAGAGGAGGAGGUGGAGAGGGAGGGAGUAGGAGGCUAAAUAGAAGGAAAAAGAUGUGGAGGAUGAAGGAACAGAGAAGAAGAAGAAGGAAAAGAAGAAGGAGGGGAAGAAAGAGAAGACGUCGCGUGCGUAACGGCAUGGAAAACCUAUAUUAACGUUUUUAUAACCAAAGAAAUGCAGUAGGAAAGAAAGAAAAAAAAGGCAAAUUAUUUUAUCUAGUCAAAUGAGUUCGGUACUUAAUAGCGCGUAAGGAGGAAUGUGCAUCUUUCUUUGUACGAUCGUUCAUGAAUGAUAUCAUGAACGAUAGGUCGACUUUUGAGACUGACCAAAAAACGUUCGAUCGUUUUCGAGGCUUCGAUGUUCUUUUAAUUAAAUUUUCUCGCCUCGACGAAAGUCGCCAGUAGUUUCUAUCUUUUUUUUUAUUUUCAAUCGAUUUAUUCUCGAUUGAUCUUGACAGAUUUAUAUUUCGCGAAACAUCGCGUAAGAUCGUUAUACCUUCCUCGAGGCAUGGAACAACACGUUCUCACGUUGUUAGUCACAACGUGUAAGUCACAACAUACCCAAUUGUUGAUUAGGUAUACAAACAUACUAAAGAGACGUGCCAUUUUUAUUGCUUCAAUAUUUUUUUAAACGGGACACGCAAAAGUUCUAUGCGUUUCGCGGCCAAACUGUCCUUCGUUGAUAGUGAUUUGACAUCGAAUUGCUCAUUUAUUUGUCUGAAAGAGCCGUGCGUUGCUCUCAGACCAAAAUUUGGCCAUAAUAUAUACGUUUAAUGAUAUUAAACAUACUCAUUACACUGUACUAUUUUAAUUAUAUAUAAGCACAGAGGCUUGCCGAAUUCGUGUACACAUACGUAAUAUUACACAAUGCGCAUACCCGGCUAUCUACGAAAGAUAGAUUCUUGUUUUCUUAUAUAAAUCUAUCCCUGUUCACCGGGGAUUUGUUCGUUCAUAUUAUUUUUUGUUAAUUUUUGCUUAUUGUUUUGCUUGUUUCUUUUUAAUUUUAAUUCGGUUUUAUAUAUUGUAAUUAUAUUUUAGUCCAAAGAACUAUUCGAGUCUUUUUCUAUACGAUUAUAAAGAAGCUAUUUUAUUCGAUUAUCUAUGUUGACCAACCUACGGUAUAUAUGAUCUCUUGUUCGCUGUAUGCCAAAGUUUUUCGACACGUUGUAAAUCGAGCGUUGAAUCUAUAUUUUGCGAAACUUGAUUGUGACGACGUGACUAAGUACAAAUCGAAGCUAGUUGACAAGUGUCAAGAAGGGAACAAUUUAGCGCAAUUGUCGUGAACCAGUCGCAACGUUGACUUACACUACUGAUGUCCGAUGCUUGUACAAUUUCACUUCUAUUUAGUUAUCCUUAUAUCUAGGAUAUCAAUGAAGAAAAGAAAACAAAAACGAUUUUUGCAAAGAGAAAAGCAGAUAGGUGCAUAAGUAAUUUCGCAAUACAGUGUUCGCAAAACAUCACAGUAGUGGUAGUCAACGAGUGCGUCAACGGCUUAGUAGCAUUCUUUAUUAUGCGAAGUAAAUUUUAUUUACGCAGAUUGACGAUGUUUAAAUUAUAAUUUGCGAUCGCAUGCGUUCUAUAUAUAUAUAUAUAUAUAUAUAUAUAUAUAUAUAUAUAUAUACACAUAUAUAUUUCGUGCUUAUUACAUUUUACUUCGUACAAUUUGCACGUUAUAUCUUUGUAAUUUCGAAUCGUCUUUUAUCGAAAUUGGCAAUAUUCUUUCAGAAGAACGGGUCAACGUUUGGUUGAUGUUCUCCUUUGUUAAUUUAAUCUUUCUUCUUAUGUUCUUAUUUAUUUUAAUUUACUUUAUGAUUUUAAAGAACGAUGAAAUUAUUUAAAAACGCGAGAAACACAUUGAAAUGUAUACAUUACGUGCGUUUACUUAUGCUUGCGUAUGACGGACGCUUGUGUUUAAUUUAAUGGGAACGAAUGUGCACAUUCCUCGGAACCCCCAAUACAAAUAAGUACAAGAUUGCCAAUUAUUACUUUAGAAAAAUUGAUAUUUCUUUCUUUAAUUAUUUAUAAAAAAAAGAAGUAUCUAUCUAUAUAUAUAUAUAUAUAAAUAUAAAUAUACAGAUACAAAUAUAUAAAUAUAAAUAUAUUAAAAAAUAUAUAUAUAUAUAUAAAUAUUAUAAUAUAUCAUUACACAAUCUUAUGUUUGGCUUAUGCAAGUUAACAAUGUAAGUAAGGAAAAAAAAAAAAGAAAAAAGAAAAAGAAAAAAAGAAAUAUGUGUGAAUAAAGUUUCAAAAUGUGAAUGCUGUAGAGUUCUUUUCUCAAACAAAAAAGAA